AUGGUUUCUACUGGUGCAAAGCGUGUUGCUAGUUUAGUUGAGUCUCAAGAAGAUAAGUCGCCUCCCGCAAAAAAGUGUGCGCGUGCCAGGACCGUUGCUAUUUUGAUUAUAAAUCCACUUUUUAUUACAAUUGAGGGAGAGCUUUUGAAAGCACUCCUUGCUGCAGGGCUUAUUUCUAAUGAACAGUUUGAGCGCCCCUCGAAGUUGCGUGAUUUUGACAACGUUGUUCCUGCAUUGAACAGCUCCCUUCCUGAUGAUAUCAGAGUUUUAGAUGUUUUUCGCACAACACGUUCAUUCCACGCUAAAGGAAACGCUAGCCACCGCGUUUACAAAUACAUUAUGCCUUCAUUUGCUUUAGCUCCUAAAGAUGAAUUUAUAAUUGCAUCCACACAACAUGAAUAUCGAAUUACUGCUGAACGUGUCAUCGAAGUAAAUGAAUUGCUCCAUCAUUAUGUGGGUACGCAUAAUUUUUACAAUUUUACGUCCAGAAGGCAAGUAUUCAUCUCUUGA